ACAAGCAGCGCACGGUGCUGGGAGCUGCGGCCGGCGGCGCUGCCCGGAGAUGUCGGGGGUGCUGGUGAUCGCUGCCUGGUGCUUCCUGCAAGUGGAGAGCCGGCAUCCUGAGAUCAUCACGAGUAACAGCAAUCAUGGCAAUUUCCUGGACAACGACAAAUGGCUGAGCACAGUUUCGCAGUACGAUAAAGACAAGUACUGGAACAAAUUCCGGGAUGAAGUUGAGGAUGAUUAUUUCAGGAACUGGAAUCCAAACAAGCCAUUUGAUCAAGCCCUUGAUCCAUCCAAAGAUCCCUGCCUGAAGGUGAAGUGCAGCCCACACAAAGUGUGCGUCACCCACGACUACGAGACCGCGAUUUGCGUGAGCCGCAAGCAGCUGGUGCACAGCCUUCGACAAAAGAAAGGCAACUUGGCCCAGAAGCACUGGGCUGGAGCAGCCAACAUAAAGUGCAAGCCCUGCCCCGUGGCACAUUCCAGCGCUGUGUGCGGCUCCGAUGGACACACCUACACCACCAAGUGCAAGAUGGAGUUCCAUGCAUGUACUUCUGGCAAAACCAUCACUGCUCGAUGUGAAGGGCCCUGCCCUUGCCUGCCAGGACCUGAAAGUUUAAAACACAAGAUGGAGAAGACUGCUUGCACAGACAAAGAGCUGAGGAAUCUGGCUUCGAGGCUAAAGGACUGGUUCGGUGCCCUUCACGAGGAUGCGAAUCGUGUCAUCAAACCCACGAGCUCGGAGACAGCACAAGGCAGAUUUGACACCAGCAUCCUACCAAUCUGUAAGGAUUCCUUAGGCUGGAUGUUCAACAAACUUGACAUGAACUAUGACCUGCUGCUGGAUCCCUCGGAGAUCAGUGCCAUUUAUCUGGAUAAGUACGAGCCGUGUGUCAAGCCACUCUUCAACUCCUGCGACUCCUUCAAAGAUGGGAAGCUUUCCAACAACGAGUGGUGCUACUGCUUCCAGAAGCCCGGUGGUCUUCCUUGCCAGAAUGAAAUGAAUAGAAUUCAAAAGCUAAGUAGAGGGAAGAGUCUGUUGGGUGCUUUCAUCCCCCGGUGCAAUGAGGAAGGUUAUUACAAAGCCACGCAGUGCCAUGGCAGCACGGGCCAGUGCUGGUGUGUGGAUAAGUACGGGAAUGAGAUUGCUGGCUCCAGAAAGCAAGGCACAGUCAGCUGUGAAGAAGAGCAAGAAACUUCAGGAGAUUUUGGCAGUGGUGGAUCUGUUGUAUUGUUGGAUGAUUUGGAAGAGGAACCUGAAGCAACAAAAAAAGACAAAGAAGGGAAACUGAAGAUUCAUGUAAGAGCAGCUAAUGAAGAUGAUGAAGAUGAAGAUGAUGAUAAGGAUGAUGAAAUUGGUUAUAUAUGGUAGUGCCCAUCAUAAUGAGGACUCACGUUUUGCACAAUAUUGCAACUCACAUCAUAUCUCUGCAAUUGUAUCUGAGAGUACCUGGCACAAAUAUUCCCUCUCUACUGAGUUUAAUUUUGUAUAGUCAAUUUAAUUUGAAUGACAACUCUUUUUUUUUUUUUUUUUCCAGCAAGGACUGUUUGGAAUACAGCUUUUGUUCAGUUGGUUUGGGGGAUUUUUGUUCUAUCCACAGGGGCAAUGAGUUUUGUUUCAAGACCAUUUCGUGUCUUAAUCCUCACUUGCACCACUUAGGAAAUCUAUCCUGUGAAAGAAUCCUGGAAGGGGCUCAAGCAAACAAUAUCAAGGCUUAGAAGCCCCUCUCAUGUCAGAGAAUUUGUGUCAUAAAUUGUUAUCUGGAUCAUAUCAGAAAAAGUUUUUUUCUUUCAUUAAGAAGGAAAAUAGGUGCCUCAUUUUCUAGUCCAUAUUUAUAAUGUCCCAGUGAAGAGUAAGUUUCUUUGGACAGUGGCUGCCCAGUACCAGGGGUUUAAUCCAGAAGAAAACCCACUGGCAGGACUUUCCCUUCCUUCCAUUCUCUGAGAAUGAGUCCAACAGACUUAGUCCAGCUCACACCGAAGGCAAAACUCCCACCAGGCACAGAUCAACUCACUGUCACUCUUUAUUUGAUAAAGGAACAUGGCCUUGAUCUUAAGAGAUGCUAAGAACCUGCUGUCAUGGACCAGGCCCUAGAGGCAGGGGACAGAGUCCAUCUGCCUUUCAGAGUGUUUAAGGAGAGAAUAUUUUGUGAAUUUGUAGCAUCAUAACCACCCACAGAGCUGUUCCUCAGCUUCUGUCUGAGCUCUUUUGCACUAGGAUGGUCUCUAACAGCACACAGACAGCCUCUGCUUCCAGCUCACACACCACAGACCUGUCUGUUCUCCAUUUAGCAACUCUCCUUCCAAAGUUAGAAUGCUGUCAAAGACACAAACCCUCAAAAGUAACUGUCACUUACUUAAUGUAAAGGUACCUGUUUAAAAAAGCAGCUUUAGGUGGUGAUAUUUCAAAAGCAUAACCCCUUGGCCCAGUGUGAUGCUGCACACUUGUAAUACACACUCCUAAAAAAGAGUAGUAUUAAAAUCCAAUCUGUGAUUCCCUUGAUACCUCCUGUAUUUUCAAAGCUCUUGUAUCAGAGGAUAUUGACAUGACAUUAUUUGCAGUGUCCUUUCCUGUGGCAGUUCUCUGAUGCAGUAAUGUGCUGUGUUAUUAUUUUUGCUGUUUUGUGAAGGAGUAGGAGGGACU